GCGAGAUAGUUGAUUGUGCCCUCGUGCACCCUCGAUAAGAAUCGCCUAUAAAAGUAGUGACUCUUCAGCUGACAAUAUCAGUCACUUUCUGGUUGUUUCACAGUGAAUACCUACAAGAAAAAUGAAAAAUAUCCUUACGAUCAUCUUUAGUAUUAUAUUGAUUUCGGAGGCCAAAGUUGCUCCGACUAGCACUACCAAUUCUCAAGGAUCUCCUGAUGUUCAAUUAACCGAACUUAUAAGCCAGGCUCAAGCAAAUAUUAACAAUUUAGCGAAACAAAUUCAGGAACAAUGGAAUAUCCCUGAUCAAGAGACUAUUGUAAAAACUGUCAAAGAUCAAAGCACCAAUUUUGUUAACAAUAUUCAAGAUUACAUAAAGAAUGUUACUGAAGAGGUCAAAACUAAAACUCCCGAAUUGGAAAGAUCAUGGAAUGAUGUUAAAACCAUGCUCAAUAAAGUCGUCGAUGAUAUUAGUAGUGGAAUUCCAAAUGCUCAACAACAAGUCGCUGAAUUACAAAGUAAAUUCCAGCAAGGAGUUCAAACUUUACUUAAAGAAUCUGAUAAAGCUGCCAAAUCUCUGAGCCAACAUUCUGGAAAAAUACAAGAAGACCUUGCAAAGUUCACAAAACAGGCAGUUGAUAUUGCCGUACAAGCAACGCAGAAUCUAAACAAUCAACUUCAAACUGCCGCAACUCAGAAAAGUUAAAUGACUAGUAUUAAUAUUUUUUAUUAAGAUUAAAAAUAUAUUAAUUAUAUAAAGAAAAAUAAAAAAAUAUAAAAAAUUGUUAAUAAU